AUGGCUGUUGAAGAAGCUGCAAAUGAAGUGAAAAAGAAGACAGCGGUCCAACUGAAGAAGGAGGCUGCAAAAGCUGAAAAAUUAGCAAAAUUUCGUGAGAAAGAAAAAAGAAUGGCAGAGAAAAAAUUACAAAUGGCUAACAAAGCUGGAGAGAAAGAAAUUCGCAAACCUAAAAAAGAUGUAAUAGAAUACACAUUCAAUACACCGAAAGGAGCAAAAAAAGAUGUCUCGCAUGAAAUGCCAAACGCAUACAGUCCGAGGUAUGUUGAAGCAGCUUGGUAUGAGUGGUGGGAAAAUGAAGGUUUCUUCAAACCAGAAUAUGGCGGUCGAGAUAUAAGUAAACCGAAUGAGAAGGGUCAUUUUACUGUAGUGAUCCCACCUCCUAACGUUACUGGCACCCUACACUUGGGACAUGCUUUGGCAACCUCUGUUGAAGAUGUUAUCUGCAGAUGGCAUCGAAUGAAGGGCGAGACGGUAUUGUUUAAUCCUGGUUGCGAUCAUGCAGGGAUUGCCACACAGGUGGUAGUAGAAAAGAGACUGAAGAAGGAAAAAGGUUUAAGCAGGCACGAUUUAGGGCGAGAAAAGUUUGUAGAAGAAGUCUGGAAAUGGAAGAAUGAAAAAGGUAUGGCGAUAUACGACCAAAUUCGUAAAAUGGGGGCAGGUGUUGAUUGGGAUAGAGCAUGUUUUAUGAUGGACCCUAAAAUAAUGCGCGCCGUUGCUCAUGCCUUUAUAAUGAUGCACGACAACGGUGUUAUUUAUCGGAGCAACAGGCUUGUAAACUGGUCUUGUACACUGCGCUCAGCCAUAUCUGACAUUGAAGUAGAUAAAAUAGAGCUUACGGGCAGGACACUACUUUCAGUACCUGGUUACAAAAACAAGGUCGAAUUUGGCGUUCUUGUCUCUUUUGCCUAUCCAGUUGAAGACUCAGAUGAGGAAGUCGUUGUCGCCACCACUCGUGUUGAAACAAUGCUUGGUGACACAGCUAUUGCUGUACAUCCAGAUGAUGACAGAUACCAGCAUCUUAUUGGAAAGUAUUGUAAGCAUCCUUUCCUUGAUCGGAGACUGCUCAUCGUGGCUGACUCUUUUGUAGAAAAAGAAUUUGGAACAGGGGCUGUGAAGAUUACUCCUGCGCAUGAUCACAAUGAUUACGAAGUUGGUCUUCGUCACAACCUUCCUUUUAUAACAAUUUUCACAGAUGACGGCAUUAUGAAUGACAAGUGUGGCCAGUUUAAAGGUUUGAAAAGGUUUGAAGCUCGGGAGGCCGUUCUUGAAGCACUAAAAAAAGCAGGUUAUUAUAGGAGCACGAAAGACAACGCGAUGAUUGUUCCUAUUUGCAGUCGGUCAAAAGACAUUAUUGAACCCAUUAUGAAGGCGCAGUGGUAUGUAAAGUGUAACGUUAUGGCUGAAAGAGCGAAGAAAGCCGUAGAAAGUGGUGAUUUGAAAAUUAUUCCUGAUUUUCAUGUCGCAACUUGGUAUAGAUGGCUUCAAGGAAGCAGGGACUGGUGUAUCUCUCGCCAGUUAUGGUGGGGUCAUCGUAUUCCAGCGUACUUCGUCACGGUAGAUGACCCGUCAAUACCUCCAGGAGAUUCUGACAAUGAUGACUACUGGGUUAGUGCACAUGAUGAAGAAGAAGCCAUUAGUAAAGCUGCGGCCAAAUUUAAGGUGUCGAAGGAAAAGGUUACAGUGAAAUGGGAUGAGGAUGUUCUUGACACGUGGUUUUCAUCGGGAAUGUGGCCCUUUACUAUUUUCGGUUGGCCAGAAAAAACUACAGAUCUUGAUGCUUUCUUCCCUGGUUCAGUUCUUGAGACUGGGCACGACAUCCUUUUCUUUUGGGUUGCCCGUAUGGUAUUUAUGUCGCAGGAGUUGACUGGAAAGUUGCCUUUCAAAGAGGUUUAUUUACAUGCUAUGAUUAGAGAUGCACAUGGUCGAAAAAUGAGCAAGUCAUUAGGCAAUGUAAUAGAUCCACUGGAUGUCAUUCACGGGAUCAGUUUGGAGGGGUUAAACAGACAGCUUGAAGUUGGUAAUUUGGACCCAAGAGAGCUGAAAAUUGCUAAGGAGGGCCAAGCGCGCGAUUAUCCUAAUGGAAUUCCUGAAUGCGGGACUGAUGCGUUACGCUUUGCGUUGCUGGCUUACACUAGUCAUGGUCGUGACAUUAACUUGGAUGUUCUUCGCAUUCAAGGAUACAGGUUCUUUUGCAACAAGAUAUGGCAAGCAACUAGGUUCACGUUGAUGCAGUUGGGAAGUACUUUUGUUCCUGAACCUUAUUUUAAGUUAUCUAAUGAAGAGUCAAUUCUGGACCAAUGGAUACUUUCUCGGCUUGCCGCUGCUGUAGAAGCUAGCAACUACGGCAUGGCUAACUACGCAUUUCAACUCGCGACAACCGCGAUUUUCAACUUCUGGCUUUAUGAUUUGUGUGACAUUUAUCUUGAAGGCUCCAAGCCAGUAUUUUCUCAAGGUGACUCAUCUCUGGUUGAAAACACUCGUAACAUACUUUACCUGUGCGUUGAUGUCGGUUUGCGUUUGCUCGCCCCUUUUAUGCCUUUUAUUACUGAAGAAUUGUGGCAAAGAUUGCCACGGAGAGCUUUUGAUAAUGCUCCAAGUAUCUGUGUUGCUAGUUACCCAGAGGCUGUUGAGUUCGCUGGAUAUAGAAACGAAGCUUUAGAAAGUCGGAUCGCAGAAGCAAUGGCGAUUGUUAAAACCGUUCGUUCGUUGCGUUCAGAUUAUGACCUUCCGCCUAAAGUCAAAAUAGAUUUGUUUGUGUCUUUUACCGAGAAGCAGGAUGCUGAUGCUAUUAAAGGUUUAACACCUUUGAUCGCAACCUUAGCUUCUUCGCAAAAGGUGACUAUUAUCGAUAGCUCGCAGUUAUCGGAAAUACCUCAUGGUUGCGCACGAGUGACAGUUUCUGCAAAGUGUGGGGUUUCCUUAGCGUUAGAGGGAAUUAUUGACUUAGAAAAGGAAAUUGCAAAAUUAGGAGAAAAACAGUCUAAACUUAAUGCUCAAUUAGCAAAACUUGGAGAAGUUAUGGCUAAACCAGAUUAUGAAUCUAAAGUUCCUUUAGGUGUUCGAACCAAUAAUUCUGAGAAGAGGGAUAUGCUUCUUGCGGAACUGGCCCACAUUGAGGAUGCACUUGAAGCCUUGAAGGCUUCAGCGUGA